AUGGCCCUCCUGCUGGGCACCCUGCGCAGCUCCCAGCCCGUGGCGCGCUUCCAGCGCUCCUGCGGGCUCUUCCCCGCCGGCGAGGAGAGCGGCGGCAGCGGCGACCCCGCGGAGGAGCCCAGGGAGCGCGGCGCCUGCAAUGGAGCGGGCGCGCUGCGCUGUCCGGCCGGCUCCGGCCGCGCUGCCCCCGGCGGGGAGCGGAGAGGCCUUGGCUCGCAGGAUUGCACACAGAAGUAUAUUGUGAAGAACUACUUCUACUACUACUUAUUCAAGUUUUCAGCUGCUUUGGGUGAAGAGAUUUUUUAUAUCACUUUCCUUCCAUUUACCUACUGGAAUAUAGAUCACUCUGUGUCUAGAAGAAUGAUAAUUGUUUGGUCUAUAGUGAUGUACAUAGGCCAGGUCUCCAAGGACAUCCUGAAGUGGCCUCGGCCCCUGUCACCACCUGUCGUGAAGCUGGAGAUGAGGACAAAUGCAGAGUAUGGGAUGCCUUCCACCCACGCCAUGGCAGCUACAGCCAUCUCCUUCUCCUUUUUCAUUGCAACCAUGAACCAGUACAAGUAUCCAUUUGAGCUCGGCCUGGUAGCAGCAUUUGUGUUUUCGACGCUGGUGUGUCUGAGCAGGCUCUACACAGGGAUGCACACAGUCCUGGAUGUGAUCGGAGGAGCACUGAUUUCGGCUGGGCUGCUCGUGCUCUUGUAUCCUGCGUGGGACACAAUAGAUCACUUGCUGCUAACCAGCCCCUUCUGCCCGCUGUUUUCCAUAGUUGUGCCUCUUGUCUUAUGCUACAACUACCCCAAACUAGACUAUUACAGCCCCACCAGGGGAGACACCACUACGAUCUUAGGAGCAGCAGCUGGAGCAACUGUGGGAUUUUGGUUAAACAACCAGUAUGCUGCUUCAGCCUACACCAGCAAAAGUGUUCAGCCUGGCUUUCCUGCGAUCACCAGUACAAUGGUGUUUGUGCUGGCCAGGUUCCUCGUAGGGAUCUUGGUUGUCCUGCUGACACGCUGGGUCAUGAAGAGCGUGGUCCUUGGCAUGCUGGGCUAUCGGUACAAGUUCCCCAUUCGUGACCUGGCAGCACGGAGACGCCUGGAAGUUGAGGUGCCCUAUAAAUUUGUGACGUACUCCUGCGUUGGCUUCACGGCCACCGUGAUUGUGCCACUGUUGCACGAGCUGCUGGGACUGAUGUGA